UUUGAUCUCGCCACCGUCAAGGGCCUCCUCCCGCGCGAAGUAACCUGGGGUCAAUGGCGUCUCUUCGUGGACGAGCUGCUCGCCUCGCCAGACGCGAUAUACAAGAACAUCGCCGUUCGGUUCAUCUACGGCGAAUUAUGACUGAACCGACUUAACCUCAUUUACAUGUUCACGCGGGGGCCUUUGUCUCCAUUCCCUACGGCCAACACCUUGGGGCUGUUGGUGUCAGCGGCCUCCCCGGCUCUACGGAAGAUUCUCCUGGCCCAAUACCAUCGUGGUUACACUUACGGUCACCAUCAAGCCCCGCCGCCGACUAGUCAUAAACAGUACUUCCCUGCCACAGCCACUUACGCGUCGGCUCCCAACCCCUACAGCGAUCCUACCGCUAUUGGUGUAGGCAGUCAAGUUGCUGAUUAUACGGCAGCGGGGUACCCGCCGGUGCAUGCCAUGGCUCAUGAGAUUGUGGGUAUGGUUCCUAGUUGGGGUUCUAGAACAACUACUCCUUAUGGCGGUGUAUAUAUGGACUCAGCUCCAGAAUCUUACGGGGGAUAUGGCAGCUCGAGCCUCGUCCAUUGCCCGGCACCCUAUAGUGGUGCCCAUUAUGGCCACGGAACUCCUACUACAACCGAAUCCCAGUCCCCCAGCUUUUCCUUCUCCGGUGCUGCGUCCCUACCUACCACUAGUACCGGCGCCGGUCGCUUAUUGCCAAACCCCACAGCCGGAACCGGUACCUCCCACUCCUCCCUCCCUUAUGCCGGCGGCACAGCCAUGAAGACCUCUUCCCAACCAGGAGUAUCGAGCCCCCCCGCCAAUGUCGCUGCUUCUGCAACUGCCUACGGCGGCUUUGAUGGUCUUCCCGCGUCUUACGGAUCAGCUAGCACCGUCAGUGCCGGACACACCUCAUUGGUCCGCCCCCACUCUACUUCUAUGAAUUCGUCUGUUUCGGAAACAAGCACAGGCGCCGGGGAACCUCAAAGCACCUUUGGCAAAGAGGGAGGUCACUGACCAUUAUUUGCAUUCGUAUCUGAUAAGUGCAGACGAUGCGCAUUCGCGAGGAGGGAGGAUGGGGGUGGUAGGAGGUAGGAUGGCCGGAAGGGGACAGUUCGGGCGGGUAACUGGCCCAACUCGUGACCUUAAUUCGAGUGCCCUCAAUAAGUUUUGGCGGCAUCAAUGGUCGGUCUCCAGUCUCAAACCUCUUUGUUAGCCCGUUGCUUGACUGUCUUUGGCUUUUUUUGUCCCGCCUCGGUUAGUUUGGUGAGAAAAUUUGUGUUGAGAGGAAGGUCGAAAUAAGAGUCGG